AUGGAUAAUGAGCGUCCUUCGAACGCAAGAGGCGACAAGAUAACCGACGAAACCAAGAUUUUGAUCUCUUCGCUUCCUUCAGACGCAGAUGGCGAAGGAAAGAAGCUUUGUAAUUAUCAAGGAUGUUGGUAUUACUACAACACUCUCCAAGGUGUUCUUAAUUUCCAGAGAGGAUUUCAACCGCAAGACACCGACAUAAUCCUUGCUUCUUUCCCCAAAUCAGGCACUACUUGGCUCAAAGCCCUCACAGUUUCCCUCCUCGAGAGAUCUAAGAAGCACUCUUCUGAUGACGAACAUAUUCUUCUGUCUGAUAAUCCUCAUGGCAUUGUACCAUUCUUCGAGAUCGAUGUGUUUCACGAAAGCUCAAGUCCUGACCUAAGCAAGUUCUCAUCAUUUCCGAGGUUGUUCUCCACUCACAUGCCACUACACACAAUGAAGCCGACCCUCAAGGACUCUCCUUGCAAGAUUGUAUACAUUUGUAGGGACGUGAAGGACACGUUGAUCUCGUGGUGGUUUUUCGUGUGCGCUAUGCUUAAAGUAGAACCAAAGACAAGUAUUCUCGAGUCUAUAUACAAAUCUUUCUGUAGCGGAGCUAUCUACUAUGGACCCUUCUGGGAACAUGUUCUGAGUUAUUGGAAAGGAAGCUUGGAAGACCCCAAGCAUGUCCUUUUCAUGAGGUAUGAGGAGAUAAAAGCUGAGCCUUGUGAUCAGAUCAAGAGACUUGCAGAUUUCUUGGGUUGUCCUUUUACUAAGGAAGAAGAAGAGAACGGAUCGGUGGAAAAGAUCUCAGAUCUUUGCUCUCUGCGUAAUUUAAGCGGUAUGGAGGUUAACAAAACUGGGAAAGUAAACGACGUGGAUCACAAGAAUUUUUUCCGUAAAGGGGAAGUUGGUGACUGGAAGAACUAUCUUACUCCUGAAAUGGAGAACAAGAUAGACAUGAUCAUCCAAGAGAAACUCCAAUGUUCUGGUUUAAAAUUCUAG